GCACGGCGCCAUUUUGUCGUGCUGUUGCUGCGGCGGGAUUAACUUCACUCGUCUUCCAUCCGCCUCUGCAGUCGGGCAAACAACAACAAGAUCCUCUCAGGAUGGGCCGUAAGAAGAAGAAGCAGAUGAAGCCGUGGUGCUGGUACUGCAACAGGGACUUUGAUGAUGAGAAGAUUCUUAUUCAGCAUCAGAAAGCAAAACAUUUCAAAUGUCAUAUUUGCCACAAAAAGUUGUAUACAGGUCCAGGUCUUGCAAUUCACUGCAUGCAGGUUCACAAGGAAACAAUAGAUGCAGUCCCAAAUGCAAUCCCAGGAAGAACAGACAUAGAGCUAGAAAUCUAUGGCAUGGAGGGCAUUCCAGAAAAAGAUAUGGAGGAGAGGAGGCGCCUACUUGAACAGAAGACUCAAGCUGAAAGUCAGAAAAAGAAGCAGAAAGAUGAUGAUUCUGAUGAGUUUGAUGAAGAAGAGACAGAAGCUGGGACUUCGUACCAGCAACAAGGAGUGCAGCAACAGCAGAGCUUCAUUUCAAAUAUGAACCAGUCAAGCAUGCACAAUGUACCGGGUGCUCCAGGAAUUCCUCCAGGAGUGCCACCAGUGGUACCAGGUGUUCCUCCCAUGAUGCCAGGAAUGCCUCCAGUGAUGCCAGGAAUGCCUCCAGGAAUGAUGCCCAUGGGUGGAAUGAUGCCUCCAGGACCUGGAAUGCCACCCAUGAUGCCAGGCAUGCACCCUGGUGGGUAUUUGAAAAUGGCUGGUGGCAACUUAGGUAUGCCACCGCCUGUCCCACGUCCAGGAGGACCAUCCAUGACCCAGUCACAACCUGUGGUUGCACCUGGUGUACCCAGUAGAGCACCACUGCCUGGACCUGGUCCACAACCCCCCAUUGCAAAGCCACUCUUCCCGAGUGCUGGACAAAUGGGGACUCGUGUUUCAAGCACAACUACAGCCUCCACUACAGCUUCAUCAAAUUCAGCCAACCUCUCAACUUCCUCUAAGCCUCUGUUUCCUAGUGCAGCACAAAGCCAACCGUCUGUUUCCGGACCUGUGGGUACAGAUUUUAAACCCCUAAGCAGCGCGCCUGUUACUACUACAGAACCUCCAAAGCCCACAUUCCCAGCCUACACUCAGUCUACAGCCACCGCCACGAGCACAUCAAAUAGCGCCACAGCCAAGCCAGCCAUCCCUGUUACCAGUAAGCCUGCUACUCUAACCACAACUAGUGCAACUAGUAAGUUGAUCCAUCCAGAUGAGGAUAUAUCAUUGGAGGAAAGGAGAGCUCAGUUUCCAAAGUACCAGCGUAACAUCCCUCGGCAAGGCCAAGCAGCAAUGGGGCCACCACCAGUUGGGCCAAUGGGCAGCAUGAUGCCACCACAACAAGGAAUGCCACCUCAGCAGACAGCAAUGCGACCUCCCAUGCCACCUCCAGGUCAGUAUGGUGGCCCUCCCCAGGGAAUGCCAGGAUACCUCCCUGGUGGCAUGCCUCCAUAUGGACAGGGACCUCCUAUGGUGCCUCCUUACCAGGGUGGACCCCCUCGGCCGCCAAUGGGAAUGUCGGGAAUGAGGCCCCCAGUAAUGUCGCAGGGGGGCCGUUACUGAAGCUGGUGUACCUACAUAAAUAGGUUUGGAGAUUCAACCUUUUCUCAACUUGCUGUUAACUAGACAAGCUUCAGUGACAAUAAGUGACUUUAACAUUUUUUUAAGAAAAACUGGUAAACCUCUUCCUGCCUGCUAAAUGAUGACCACACAAAAAAAAACUUGCUGAACACUGGGACAUACUGUUCAUGUUUUAUCUCUAGCAGGGGAAAAGAAAAUCAUAUACUCUCAAAGCAAAACCCUGUCGGAGUAUUUUUCUCUUUCCUUUCCCAUUCCCCACACCCCACCCUCCCAAUGUUAUUUCAAUUCAUGUUGUAUAGCUUCUUUUCUCGUGUUUCAUCUAGGUUUUUAGAAGUGAAGUAUAAUAAAUGUGGUCCGUUUAUAUAAAAAAAAUUGAAGGCGCUGGAGUUACAUGAACAUACAGUACCACCUUUUAAAGGCAAGUUCUGUAAAUUAAAAUUUGCUUUUGAAUUAAAAUCAGAAAUGAGGCCUUCACAGCACUUUAGGUGCUGUUGGACUUUUGUGUCCCCAACGUUGUUUGGUGAGGGCUUCUGGUGUCAUUUCUUGUUUCAGUCCCAAAUACCUGUUCAGUUGCUUUUUGAUUAUGUAACUGUUGAAUGUGCCCCAUAUCCAGCUGGAUUCAGGGCUUAACAAAACCAUCUUGAACAUAAAUAGGGCAUACCAAAUUUCUGUACUGUUGUAAAGCUUAUUGUAAUAAAACUUGAUGGAAACAUUAAUGUUGCUUUAUUCAUAACCAGCUGUGGAUCACUGCCUCAAGGUUUGUACCACUGCAUGUUGCUGUGAUUUAAUGCAAAAAUAAAGGUAAAUGUAUUGGAGGGGGAUCUUACUGGUUAUGUUUCUGGAAUGAACUGCUGUUCUGCAUAUCUGUAAACUCUCUCUGCAUGUUUUGUAGUAGCCCAUUUAAGUGUUUUAAGUUCAUAUUUGUGGCAAAACCUAGGUCAGUAAAAUAAAAUAAAUGCAAAAAACAAAGUUGGAAAUACUCAGCAGGUUAGGUAGCACCUGUGGAGAGGGUAACUGUUAUCAUUUCAGAUCAAUGACCUCCUAAUACAGUUGUUGGUUGACCUGCUGAGUAUUUCUGAAUAUCCCAUUUUUAUUUUUCAAAUUUCCAGCAUCUGCAGUUUUUUGUUUAUCAAAAAACAUAGUUAAAAACCUUUUCUGGAAAGAUUGUGGAGUGAAUGCAUGGUUUAUGGUUGUACAAUUGACCACCCUGACGUGAUGCUAAAAUUGGAAUUUAUUUCUUCUUCCUGUAGCCCUGCCAUGGGACAGGCUGUGGCUGAAUCUUAUUGUCCUCUCAGUCUGAGGCAAGUCAGAUUUCAUUUUAUUCCUUUUCAGGGGCUUUCACAGCUUUUCGUGGCUGUUGGAUUUCUCUGUCCCCAAACUUGUAGCAAGUUUGGUGAAGGCCCUUUUUAAUGUCUUUUUUCAGUAACAUAAUGUGUUGUGAUUGUAAUUUGACUGAAAGCAAGGUGCUAUUUGCUGGAUAUGAGGGACUAAUUAAAGUGGAGAUUAGAUUACCAUUAAUGUUCUUUGCGUUGUAAGCUAAAGAUAUUUUUCCAUACUUUAAAAUGUUUUCUGGUCCACAGACUGAGAACCUUUUUGAUUCUAGAGAUUAAGAAUCUGCUAUCCUAAGGUUUUGGUUUUUAAAAGUUUUUUUCCUUGUAUCUGGCAAGUGGGACAUUGCUUGGUUGCACUUAAAACCCCUGGAUCAGAGAGGUAUUAAUGUUGUAACUUUAUUAUACUGUGUAUAAAAUGCUGGAGACAGGGUUUUACCAUAAUGAACUUGUCACUUGGAUUGGGCAGUUUUAAAUAUUCAAUGGCUGCUGAAGUAGAAUUAAAAGUGAAGAUCAUCUGA